AUGCGCUGCCAAUACACAAAAUUGAAGAAGCGUUCUCCAAGAGCAGAAAUAUCUUCAGCGCCGUCCAAUCUACUGUCUUUUCUCAUGCAAGAGCAUCUCCGAUGGUGGCCACUGUUUGCGUUCAUAGCGAUACUAUGUGUUUCAGCCGAUGCUCCUCCUCGAUUCGCUCGCAGUUUAGCCGCAUACAAAACAGAUAAAAUCGAGACCGAACCAGUUUCUGAGGUGGAAUCUGCACAUCCCGACGAUCUCUACAGCGAACAAUAUAAUGUUGUUCGAGAUGUUCGCAGAAGCAAUAAAAACCCCAAUGAUGAUAAAAAGUCAACUACGAAAGAUACGAAAGGAAGUGUUACCAUCAACAAUAAAAAUAAUGAUGUCGGAUCAGGAACAAGUAAUACGACUGGGGCUUCUCAUAUUGCAACUGGUAAAACAGCGGCAGUUGAAAGUGCAGAUCCUUCUAAUAGUUCUGGGGGAUCUCCUAAUUCAAGCCGAACAGUAGUUUCACCAAAUGUAACUACGAAGCCAUCAUCGACUAUUAUUUCAACUACGCUCGAACCUCCAGGAAAAACUGACACGAAGGAAGCUCUAACAACUUCGUCAGUCGUGCCAUCUGGCCAGGUGUCCGAGAAAGUUGCUGUUGGCCUGCGUUCCUCUUCAUCGACAGUCGCAGAACCACCAACUACUGAACCUGCAGAGAAAAAUACAUCAACUAGCAAAAUAACUGAAGCAUCCGAUGGACCAACUGGAUCAUCUAGUGAAAUAACUGAAGCACCCAAUGAAACAACUGUAAUACCUGAUGCGACAACAAAAACUGCAUUAAUUCAAAGUGUUCCAUCUACGGAAUCUACGCCUAAUGCUACAAUUUCUACUUCUAAGGAACCUGAUGAUAUCGCGACUACUACUGUUCUAGUUCCCUCUACACAACCACCGCCUGUGUGGAAGGAAUCAUCCAGUGUUACACCGAUUGGUACCACCGAGAAACAUGAACCUACCGUCGCUGAUGAUCACAAUCGAGAAGAAAAUCCUGAAGAAGGGAUAUCAGCAGCACUACUAUCGCCCGCAAGUUGUCAGAAACUUUCUCCCGGCUACGAAUCUUGUGAUGAGGCGUGUAAAGCGGCAAAAGACGAUGAAGAUAGCGGAAAUACAUUAACAGGUCUAAUGAUCUGCGCUAUCGUAUCCUUGGCCAUUGUUUUCAUUGCUUUUUGUAUCCUUUCUGUCUUCGCGAUUAUGCUCAGAAGGAACAAACCAUCCAAACCUGAAAUAAAACCAUCAGAAGAGAAGUUUGAGGACCCCGGAGCACAAAGAAGAGCGGCUGAAGAUGCUGCCGUGAUCAAAAAGGACGUGGAAAAGAAAGAAGAGAAGAGCGACGAAGCAGCAGUUCAAGAAGACACUCCAUCUCUCAAAAACAAUCCGGCACUGGAAAGAAUGCGUGACAAGCUUAAAAAAACUCAAGACAAUCUUAGAUUAUUGAGAACACACGCGAAUAAGUGUGCAGAAGAACACAAGAAAGAUCUCGCGAAUAAGUUCACACCCAUGGGACCGAUUUACAUUCCGAAGGAACCAGAGGUUCCGCCUCCAGCUGAUAUUCCUUCGAGCAACAUUUCACUGACCAAUGUAGCUUGGAAAGAUGGAUUAAACGAGUUAUGGGAGGUUGGAUCCGAUGUAGACGACAUCGAGCUGGAUCAAGACUUUGUCUUGAACCCAGAUUCAGUCACUGAAGACGAAACUAGCCAAAAGAGUGGUAAAUCUAAGAAAAGUGCAAAGAGUAAGAGCAAGAAAAGCAAGAAGAGCCAAAAGAGUCAUAAAGACGAGAAGGAUGGAGAUAUGAGAACACCAAAGUUAGAUGCUACUUCUGUUCCAUCUACUUCUGGUACUGGACCAUCUACCUCUGGCACUGGACCAUCUAAUUCUGGUACUGGACCGUCUACUUCUGGUACUGGACCAUCUACCUCUGGCCUUCCUUCUGUUUCGGCACCUGCUCCGACUGCUCCCACCGCUGAAAAACCGAACGCCUCGGAAACAAAGAAGGACCAGAACAAGAGCAAGGAAAAUUAG